UCUGAAAAUUACCUUCGAGCAUGGACGACAUCUGCCCAUGGAUGAUGAAAUUUCCAUCACUUCCAUCAUCGACGGACCAGCACCAGGAGCUUCUCCUUCUCAAUCCAUGACGCUAAUUUAAUGAACCAAAUCCCUAACCCCGACGACUUUUCCCUUCUCGCCGGCGACCAUCUCUUCCCCAUCCUUUCCUCCUUCCAUGGCGGCCUCCGCUCAACAGACUCCUUUCUUACGCUCCCGUCAGCCCUCCAACACUGGCGGCUCUACUUCCCCCAUCGGCCCCCUCGCCGUUCUCUUGGGCCGUGCCACUGGCCGCCGUGGAACUUCUAUGGUAGUACGAGAGACGGCGGCGCGUGAACUUGAAGAGCGCCGCAUCGAUUGGGGCUACUCCAAGCCGGUUGUGGCGGUUGACAUUGCGUGGAAUUUGGCUUUCGUUUUCGUUUCGUUGGGUGUGCUUAUUCACUCGGUCGAUGAAAAACCCAAUACGCCAAUUCGGCUUUGGAUUUUAGUUUAUGUGGCUCAGUGUUUGGUGCACUCUGUGCUUGUGUGGUUAGAGUUUAGAAGGAGGAAUGCGAGGAGGGCUAUGGAUAUGGAGACGCCGCAACACCCGCAACCUGAUAUUGACGGAUAUUUUUCUAAUGAAAGCAAUGACGAAGAUGGUAGCCCGAGGAAUCUGUCCGGUGUUGCCAAAAGAUGUGAGACAGUGAACACCUUGGUAUCGUUAAUUUGGUGGUUACUUGGCUUUUAUUGGGUCAUGGCUGGUGGUAACCUCCUCCUGCAGAAUGCUCCAUCUUUAUACUGGCUGGCUGUCGUAUUUCUGGCAUUUGAUGUGUUCUUUGCCAUCUUUUGUGUUGUUUUGGCAUGUUUGAUUGGAAUAGCUCUCUGUUGCUGCUUGCCUUGCAUUAUAGCUAUUCUUUAUGCUGUUGCAGGCCAGCAGGAAGGUGCAACUGAUGCAGAUUUAAGUACUCUUUCUAAGUAUAGAUAUCAAGUAUCCAACAAUCCUUCUCCCGGGGACGGGUUGAUGGUUCCAAUGGAAACAAGCAGCCGAUACUUGACGACUGAACAUGUUCUAUUACGAGAGGAUGCGGAGUGUUGUAUAUGUCUUAGUUCAUAUGAGGACGGAGUCGAGCUUCAUGCUCUUCCCUGUAAUCACCAUUUUCAUUACGCGUGUAGCACAAAAUGGCUGAAGAUGAAUGCGACCUGCCCUCUGUGCAAGUACAACAUAUUAAAAAACUGUGAACCCGUGUAACGCUGUAGAUGAAACGAUGCAACGAGUUCCUGGUAUGUUUGCCAUCCUUGUAUGUACGUAUAGAUCAGUUCAUCCUGGUUGAUCUCUGUUGUAUGUAAUCAGUCAACUAAUGUGAUCUGUAGCAACAAUUACGAAUAUCUUUUUAGUCGAUGUGUUCAGAUUAUGAGUUUAAAAUUUAUAAUUCAACUUCUAUCAUUCUCUUCCCA